AUACUGAGCUUUUUGUUCGGCAUCUUAUGUUUUCAUUAGGAAAAGUAGCGCAACCAAGUCACCGAGGGAAGGAUAAGGGAGCAACGGAGUGAGCGCAGGGCAAAGAGGGAGAGGGGAAGAGUUGUGCAGGAGAAGAAAUCUUUUUUUUUUCAGUCUGGUUCUGAAUUAGAGGAGAUUUUGGGAGAUUUGUGCCUUUUCUCUCACACAGUCCCCACUCUUCGUCACCAGCUGCUCGCCAGAUUUCAGCCAUGACCUGUCCCUUCACCUCCUCAGUUGGACUCCUGUUCCUUCUGAUUGGCUACGCUGCUGCAGGACCUGGACCUGAAACUGAACUGCGGCCUCGAGCGGUGCGUUCAAGUGCCUGUCAAGAGCACACAAACCUUCACAACCGCCUGGAUGUAGUGGAGAAGAAAGUGGAGGACACGGUUGAGAAGUUGGAGGUUGAGCUGGCUGCUCUUCUGGAUGCCAUUGAAGCCCCAGAGUGGCGCCCCCUGUUGGACAACACAGGGAAGACAGCCGUGGACAUCCUGGAAGACCCUGGGCAGUUAAACCAACCAGGAAACGGGGGUGGAACAGCGAUUCAAGAACCCUUUUGAACAUAGACUUCGAAGGAUCCAAUCCUUGUCCAUGAUUUAAACACAAGAAAGUAAACUGUCUGUAUGCAUAAACUGUAUCUGUAGCAAAAUUAAGUUUGUAUCCUAAAAGAGGAGGCACAAGAAGGCCAAGCUUGUCUGCAUUAUUUACUCUUCCUAAUCCUGUGACAGACUUAUCUCUUUCCCAGUCACAGCUUCAGUCCUAGAUUCUUUCCCCUGCAGUCAACAGUGGUACGGCUCAUGUUGACAAUGCUAUUCAAAGAGAUGAAUUCACUUUGGACGCCUCUGCUCAGUCACUUCGUACCCCUGCUCUUCAUCGCCCUCCUCUGUCUGCAGACAAACUGUUGGAAAUGACAAAGACACUGAGACACAAAAUUACUGGAAGGAGAUUUAUUUCUUUAUCAAAGCAGUUAAAGCAGCAUUUUUUUUUUCAAACACACGGAGCAGUUUCAGUUGGUACAGAAACAAGGCUUUUCACUGAUUCUCCGUCAAAAUUCCUGCAGCACAAGAACAUUAUGCAAAAUAGGAUCAAGAGGAGGAAAAGAGUGGCAAAAAUAACAUUUUAUUCUUAUCGAUUUCUUUUUCUCAACAGGGCACUGAGAUUCAAACUGUAUCCACAGAGUUAAGACAUCUACAGUAUGGUACGCCUCGAGAGCAUCCAUCACAAAACGGCUGAAUAGGAGACAUGCUGUUGCUGGUCAUACACUAGCACAAUGCCUUUUUUUUUUGGAAACACCUAACAGCAUCCAGAACAU